AUGGUCAUUUUGAAAUGUUGGCAGUUUUCAAUAUCUAUUAUAAUUCUAGGAGUUGAGGGAGCUUUUUCUGGAGCAGGAGCAAAAACUGUGAUUCCAUGUAAAGUAAUUGGAAAGUUCUCUAUCAGACUUGUACCAGAUCAAUUACCAGAGGAAGUAGAAAAGAAAGUUAAAGCACAUAUUGAUAAUGUUGUUAAAAAACAAGGAAGUCCCAACAAAGUCAGUCUAUCAAUGGGCCAUGGAGGAAAGCCAUGGGUUAGUGACUUUAACGAUCCUAACUAUGUAGCUGGUAGAAAUGCAAUGAAAAUAGUUUUUGGAGUUGAACCUGAUUUAACAAGAGAAGGUGGAAGCAUACCUGUGACCUUGACCUUCCAAGAAGCAACUGGCCAAAAUGUGAUGUUGUUACCUAUUGGGGCCUCAGAUGAUGGUGCUCAUUCACAAAACGAGAAAAUUGACAGAAAAAAUUAUAUAAAUGGGGCUAAAGUGUUGGGAGCAUAUAUCAAAGAGUUAGCAAAAUUGUCAUGAACUUUGUGGUGACCUGUUUCAGCUAUUAAACAGAACUAUAAUUGUAUUAUACAGUGCCAUACUUUUUGACAAUCUUAUUGACUGUACGAUACAGCAUAGUGCUAGAUUUUAUUUUAUUUAUAUUAACAGCAAUGGUUGGGUUUUCAACACUAAUGUCUUUAUGAACAAAUAUGAUAUUUAUAUAAUUUUUGAAAAAAAUAAAAUAUUUCUACACUGUUA